UGUCAAUAAGCAGUCAAGGAGGUUAGAAUACUUAUUUGUAAACAAUGAUAUCUCACGGUCUGAACGUCUUUGUAGACUCACUUGCCGAAAAUGGCAGGAAUUUUGAAAUUUUGGGCUGAAUUCUUCCAGGCAGCUGGCUUGGAACCUGCAGUGGCUGCAUCAUAUGCUAACAUCUUCUUUGUUAAUAAAAUCCAACCAUCUCAUUUACCUGAUAUUGAUAGAGACGCCUUGAGGGAAAUGAAUAUAACACCAAUGGGAGAUAUUUUGACAAUAUUGAAAUAUAUUAAAAUUUCCUGUCCUUUGGUGUCAUCUUCUACAACAACUAUAUCAGGAAAUGAGCAACUGUUACUGUACCAAGGAGACAUACUGAAGCCUCAUGCACAGUUCAGAAAUAUACAAGACCCUAAAAGUGGGUGUAGUGGCCAAAACCAGUUUGGAUGUGAUACACAACAUACAAUCACACAAGCUGAAAAAUCAUUUCUGUCAAGGUUAUCACCUUCAGCGUGCCAGAUUCAGCCAUUGCCAUCUGCCACUACCACACAUUACUUGCAAUCUGCAAGUAUACAAGCUGGUGAUGACCUGCCAUCUACCACUGUUGUUCGUGAAUCCCCGCUGAAUCUAAUACUGCAUGGGAAUUCCAGCUCAAAGAAAGAAACUGUGAGUGAAAAUUGUGAGUUACAAUGUGUAGAGAUGCCAGACUGUGAAACAAGUCAUGGCAUUCUUUCCAGUUCAAUAAAUUCAACAGUAUCCUGUGAUACACCUGAAGCAACAAGUAACAUAUACAGCAUUUCACCUGACAAACUUGAUGGCUUGAAAUACAAAUUUGAAUCAUCCAUGAAUGAUUCUGAUGUUGAAUGCUUUGAAGAGCAGCAACCUUUGUCAUUUAGUCCACCUGUUGUGCCAAAUACUUCAUUACAGUACAACAAACAUGGGAAAAUAAAUUGUGUGUAUAAUACCAAAGAAACACUUCCUCGUAGGCCAGUAGUGGAGAGAUCAAAACAAGAUUGCAGCCAGAAUAUUGCAUCAGAAAUGGCAUUUACAAAAUGUGCAAUGAACCAAAGAUUUUCCAAAGAAAAAAUUAUCGUUCCAGGAGGGGUGACACCUUAUCAGAAACGGUCGGUGUUCGAACGCUUAGGUCGGCGGUCAGAUGUGAAGGAAGUGUGGGUUAAAAAGAGUUGCAAACCAUUUAGACAGAAUCAACAAUGUAGAAGCGAAUUGAGGCUAAAAGCUACUCCUCAGAGGGAUAAUGGUAUAAUGAGAAGUAAUCACGUAAGGAAAAAAUGGCAGUAUAGUUCCACAUAUGAUGAUCAGCUGAAUAACAACACAGAAUCUGUAAAUAAAAUGGCUAUGGGUCCUGAGCCUUUAUGUGAGAAGAGUUUGUGUUUACAAAGUAAAACUUACAAUGAAGACACCAACAAAGCACUUAUUUCAGCAAUUCACUUGAAUAGUGAUAAAACUGCAUCCAAGUAUAGCACUGUUAACAACAAAAAACAGUUACAAGAUGUUUCCAAUGGUAAUUUAAAUGGUGCUGUUCUAUCUGAUACGGACAGAAAUGAUAUUUGCCAGAAUUCUCCUCAAGAACUACAUAGUGUUCAGCUUGGGAUGGUGCCACAGCCAGAAAAGUGGCAUCUGUAUCUUCUGGGGCUCGGCCUAUGGGUGCCUGCAGAGAAAGUCUCCUGUUGGCUGGCAUCAGAGACUAGGGCAAUAAGUAACCCUGGUGGUGACAGUCGUGUCACAGGGGUAUUCCUGCAAGUUAGCAGCCAGCCGUAG